AUGGGCGAACACGUCAAUGUCAGUCGAGGUUCCGGCGACGACCCGGUGGUCGUUUGUGGCAUGGCCAUGAGACUACCCGGAGGCGUCAGCAACGCGGAUGACUUUUGGGACAUGUUGAUGCAGAAGCGCUGCGCAUCCGUGCCGGUGCCAAAAGACCGGUUCGACAUUAGCGGGUAUUAUAGCGAGAAGCCACGCCCGGGGACUAUGCAAACCAAGAAGGCAUACUUCCUGGAUCACGUUCAACUCGACCGGUUCGAUGCCUCGCAUUUUUCCUAUGGUCGAAGUGAGCUUGAGCAGAUGGACCCUUUGCAACGAUUGCUGCUGGAGGUUAGUUGGGAGUGCCUUGAAAAUGCUGGCGAGACAGACUGGCAAGGCGAAACGAUCGGCUGCUAUGUGGGCUCGUUUUUUGAGGACUGGAGUGUCGAGAUGCAACGGGACCCUCAAUACUACAGCAACUACCCAACUGGCAAGUGGGAUAUUAUGCUAUCAAAUAGAAUAUCGCAUGCGUUUGAUUUUCGGGGCCCAAGCAUGACUGUGAAAACUGGGUGCUCAUCGUCACUGGUAGCUCUGAACCUCGCUGUUCAAUCUUUAGAGUUAGGAGAAUGCACUUCUGCGCUUGUGGCUGGCUGCAGUCUGUUCUUGUCGGCGCCCCUUUCUGCAGCGGGCGCAUCCGGGGCCUUGGGAAACAUCGCCUCCCCGGAUGGUGUCUGCAAGACCUUCGACGCCGCCAGCGAUGGGAUUGGACGGGGUGAGGCCAUCAAUGCCGUUUAUGUGAAGCGACUGUCGCAGGCCCUUCGAGAUGGAAAUCCCGUGCGGGCCGUGAUCCGUUCGAUUGCUACUCAGCAUGACGGCAGAGAGCCCGGCCUGAUAAUCCCUAAUGGGUAUGCACAAGAGGCGCUUAUUCGGCAUACGUAUGACAAGGCCGGAAUCACCAAGUACUCUGAGACGUCCUUCUUCGAAUGCCAUGGCACGGGCACGCGGAUCGGGGAUCUUACUGAAUUUGGAGCCAUAGAAAGGAUCUUCAAAGAAGGCGUCAUCAUCGGUGCUGUGAAGCCCAACGUCGGACAUUCAGAGGGUGCCGCUGCCCUGACGAGUGUCAUCAAGGUGAUACUUAUGCUUGAGAAGGGCGUCAUUGCGCCCAACACCAACUUCAACGCACCCAAUCCCAAUCAACAUCCCCACCUGUGGUUCGAAGCUGAUUGCUAUAUCCAGCCACGGAUGGAAACGUCUUCAAGAGACACAGAUGAAAGUAACGUUCUGUUGCUUUCAGCGUCAAAUCAAAAGUCGCUAGAGCUGCUCCACCAGGCUUACGAGCAGUACACUAUUGCAAGCUCAGGACGGUGUGAACUGUCGGAUUUGGCAUACACUCUCGGUUGUCGACGAACGAAGCUGAAAUACAGAGGAUUUUUCAUCGCUCGAAACGACACAGUCGGGCAGCGCACGACGAGCCAGCCAGAGCUUCGACUUUCAGUCGCCAGCAGCGAUGAGCCAAAGACGCUUGUCUUCGUGUUCAAUGGCCAGGGCGCCCAAUGGCCCACGAUGGGCAAGAAUUUGAUUCUGAAGAACGCUGUUUUUCGCCGGUGGAUUCGUGACUUGGACGGCGCGCUCAAGAAGUUGAAACCGGCCUGGACGAUUGAAGGGGAACUUCUGAAAUCGGAAACCGAAAGUCGUAUCAUGAAAUCGGAGUAUGCUUUACCGUGCAGCACCGCUAUUCAAAUCGGACUCCUCGCUGUCCUGCGAAGUUGGGGCGUGAUUCCGAACGUAGUGACCGGCCAUUCCAGUGGCGAGAUUGCUGCUGCCUUUGCGGCUGGUGCCAUAACAGCAGAUGAAGCGAUCAUCGUCGCAUAUUUCCGAGGCUACGUAUUGAACAGAACCGGGACACAACACCCAGGAGCUAUGGCUGUGAUUGGGGCCGGCUCCAAGGACAUUUCUGAGCGGCUACUACCCGGAGUAGUUAUCGCUUGUGAGAACAGCCAUGUCAACACGACCAUCUCCGGAGACGCGUGUGCGGUUGAGGCUAUGGUGACAAAAUUCAAAGCAGCUGACAUAUUUGCUAAGCUUCUUGAUGUGGACCUUGCAUUUCAUUCCGCGCAUAUGAAGGACUUCGGGUUAGCCUAUGAAGAAGCGAUUCGCCCGUUCCUCAGCACUGCCACACCUCGGAUACCUAUGUUCUCCAGUGUCACGGGAGAUCUCGUUAAGACCGUCAACUCCUUGGGCGCUACACACUGGCACCAGAGCCUCGUGCAGCCUGUGCUGUUUAAUAAGGCCCUCACAAACCUCCUGGAGCAAAUCGAGACACCAAACCUUGUCAUCGUUGAAGUUGGUGCUCGCCCUUCUCUCAAGAGGCCAAUCAUGCAGGUGAUGGAAAGCACGUCCACCGACAAAGUCAGCUACCUUCCAACAUUAGAGGAAAAUAAGGAUUGCUACGAAAGCCUUCUCAGACUUGCCGGGCGGCUCUUUUGUGAGGGCGUCAAGUUAAAGUAUGAGGCCAUCACACCGCCAGGAACAACGUUGUUCGACGUUCCAGCAUAUACUUGGGCCCAUGAACAAUCCUUCCAGGGACAACACCGUUUGUACAGGGCGUACAGAGACUGCAAAUACCCCAUGCAUGAAUUACUUGGAAGCCAGGUGUUUGAAACCAGUGCUCUUGAGCCGAGAUGGAGGAAGGUACUGCUUCUUGAGGACAUCCCCUGGCUUGGAGACCACGUCGUCAACGAUCAGGUCAUCAUUCCUUUUGCAGCGUACAUAUCGAUUGCCGAACAGGCGCUUCGUCAAGUCAAUGGAGGCCUUCUGGAGUCCUUCUCGGCCCAGGAUUUCUCUGUUUCCGCGGCACUGCAUUUGGAGCCUGGCCGUCCAGUUGAGAUACAUACCAGACUGCGACGUCUUGUUUCCGACGAGAAUGCGCCUGUCAGCUACGACGUGCAAAUCACUUCCUGGAAAGAUAAUAUUUGGACGGAGCACUGUCACACAGUAGUUACCGCGGAGCCUCAUCGAGCCCACAGAGGCUUUGCAAAACGCGAGUUUCCUCGCCAGCUCUCUCGAGCCACCUGGUACAAGAUUACGCAAGAUCUAGGCUUUACAUAUGGGCCCUCUUUCAGAAGGCUGGAAUACAUUACGGUCAGUCCCAGUUUGCAGCAAGCAACAGCCCGUGUGAACCCACCGGAGAACACAUCAAAAGAUUCAACCUGCAGCUAUCUUGUGCAUCCCACCGCACUCGACCAGUGUUUACAGACUACAGGCAUCUCGCUCUGCCAUGGUCUGCAGCGAAAAGCCAAGUAUAUGGCCACACCUACCUAUAUCCAAAGGAUCUUUGUUCGUCAGUACGCUGGGCCCUUUUGGGCAACGGGAAUGAUGAAUCAGGUCGCGCAGGACCACAUUUCCGGAACAGUCCAUGCAUACGCAGAUGAUGGGGAGGAGAUUGCCAUCAUGGAAGGUAUUGAGGCCCAUCAGAUCCGUAGUUCCUUGCAGGGCGAGACGGAGGCUCUUCCAAUUGUCAGCGCGCCUCACUGGCGUCCUCACGCAAGCUUCUUCCCUUUCCAGACCCUGCAAGAGGCUCCCUUCUUCAACGCGGAUGACAUCAAGAGAAUGCUCCACUUGUUGUUUCUCCUGCUAUUGGAGAUGCAGUCGAGUUAUGUUCAAGUCAACAAUGACAUUGGCAACAUUCCCGACCACGGCGCAACCAAGGCGUGGGUUGAUCAACAGAUUCAAAGGGCGCAGGAGGCAGGGUACGGUGUAUUGUCUGCGACUACUUGCCGAAGUAUUGUUCAAGACAACAUAGAAAACCGCCAAGCGGCACACCAGAAGAUACGGAUCGAGUUACAGAGCAGCCAUCUACACGACAUGGAUCUGACGAUGGAGAAGUUGUUCAAGAACCCCCUGCAGCACACGAAGGAAACGCUCCGAGACUCCAUCGUGUCCCAAGGCCUCUGGCCGCUACGAGCUAAAAAGCUUCUAGAAGUUGCGAUGCCUAUUCUGACACACACGGAUCCUCAGCCGAAGAUUUUGCAGGUCGGCUCAGCUGGCGGGGCCAACAAUACGACUUUGACAUUGCUAGAGCUUCUCCAGCCAAAGAAGGGGACGCAGCUUUUCUCAACAUACACGUAUGCGGCGAUUGCACCAGACUCUCUAGAAAACGCAGAAGACGACUUUGCAGAUGUCCGAGGCUUUGAGGUGCGAAGCUGGGAUGCGAUGGGCGGGGAUAAAAAUCUCGCUCAGUCGUAUGACAUGAUUGUUUGUGCCGACAUACUCUCUACCGAACGUGGCAUUUCUCAAGACUUGCUAUACAUCAAGCAGUUACUUCGCCCUUCCGGAGUGCUUAUCCUGCUGGAGGCUCUUUUUGCCGAUUCAUUUCUAACUUCUAUUGAUGUUUUAUUGCGAAACCAAGUGACACACAUCUCGAAAGAUGUUCAUCUUCCCAUUAUCCGGGACCUUGGCUUCGACAUUCCUGAAGGUGAUCAACACGAGGACAAAGUACCCCCCAUCCUGCGACUGCGUCACCUCGACCAGCUCAAGUCGAGCUCCAAAACCGUCAGCAUCGUCACGAAUAAGGAAGAUCACGCUUUAAUAGAAAGUUUCAAGUCAGUGCUGCACUCCUCUUGCAUUCCCGUCCGGACAUACAACGCAGAUACCUGCAUCAGUCAGUCUGCCGUGCUGCCUACCGAGGGAACCCUAAUAUUCUUCCUCGACCUGGAUCGCCCUUGGAUCUACCACCUUAGAGAGAGUGAUUUUCCCGCGUUUAUCCAACUCCUAAGCACCGGCACCUCAAAACACCCUAUUGUCUGGGUCACACCGUUGUCCCAGAUCAGCUGUGACGAUCCGCGCUCUGCUAUGAUUUACGGGCUGGCUCGCACGCUGCGAUCGGAGUUGAAGGCCGACAUAACAAUUGUCGAGGUCGACCCUGGAGAUGUUGCAAAUAGUGAGAAAUGUGCAAGUUCUCUGACGCUCAUCAUCCAACAUCUCCCGCACCGAUGCUUUGAUAGUGCACUCGACCCGGACUUUGAGUUUGCGAUUACGAGGGAGCAUGGCAUCGUGGAUGUAAUCAUAGCCCAGGAGGCCUCCGAUCCAAACCAGGUCCUAUUCGGACAGGAAGCUGCUGGCAUCGUCACGGUCGUGGGCGAUGAUGUGUCUUCUUUCCAGGUAGGAGACCGACUCGUCAUUCUUUCAACUGGCAAAGACGCCGUAGCCAGCCAUCUGGAUGUCUUGCCGUCGAGUUGUCUGCGUUUGGGUGAGGAUUUCGCGUUUGAGGCCGCGGCGGCUAUGCCACUGGCAUGUGUUGCGGCCGAGUUCACAGUGGGAGAAUUUGGGAGAAUGGCAAGCGAGGAGGAUGUUAUUGUGCUGUUUACUCUGAGCGAUCUGUGUCUCGCAACCGUCGAAUUGCUGCGGAAAAGAAGGGCAGAGAUCCGCUUCAUCAUCAUUUCCGAGUCCGACAGACUCCUUUUGGAAAAUGCUUUCGGCAUCGCUGUAGACUUCAUCGUAUCAGCCCCGGAAGAUGCUCUGUCGUGGCCGAAGGCAACCUGCAUGAUUGGAUUCGGCGGCCUUUUUCCUGAAUGGGCGCUGCAACAUCUGUCCCCUACUGGCAUCUUCCUAGAAGUUCUAGAUCAUCCAGUCAAGGCAAGAGACUUCCAAACAGUCAAGAUCUCUGCAAGUCAGGCCCAUCGCAUCGUCGACAUGCAGGCUCUUAGCCACUACAGUCCAGAAUCGGCGCAAAGGGUAUGGAAAAUGUGCCAAGAGUAUUUUCUCGGAGACGCGCAGCCAGCAGAUUGGGCACGACUUGCCAAGAUAUUCAAGCCAAGCCAAGUCCAUGAGGCCUUCCGUGCUGCUGCUGGACAAAAGAACCAACCAACCACCAAGGUGGUGCUCCAAACUCCAACAACCGACCCGCAGAGCGAUUUUCCGUUGUCGUCCGUUGAGGUCAUGCCUGCAUCACCUCAGUUUCGUUCUGAUACUGCUUACUUGCUUGUCGGUGGCUUAGGCGGCAUUGGCCGCGCUGUGGCAACAUGGAUGGCAGAGCAUGGUGCCGGGGAGUUGAUUUUUCUCUCUCGCUCUGCAGGCACUGGGACACAAGUUGAAUCUUUUUUGGGUGAGCUGCGAAGCCAAGGCUGUGUCGUCAAAGCGGUUGCCGGCAGUGCUGCGAUCCCGCAGGACGUCACAAGGGCUGUGAACGCGGCGGAUCGCCCCAUCGCUGGUGUGUUCCAAAUGUCCAUGGUCUUACGGGACAACGCAAUACUACGCAUGACAUACGACGAAUGGCGAGCAUGCAUUGAGCCCAAGAUUCAAGGCACGGAGAAUCUUCAUAAGGCCUUGGCGCAAUCUUCCUUAAACUUUUUUGUGCUGUUCUCUUCUAUCGGCGGGCUAGUCGGGAACAUUGGACAAGCCAACUACAACGCCGCCAACACCUACCUGGACGCUUUUGUCCGGUACCGUCAUAAUCUUGGGCUCCCAGCAUCGGUCAUCGAUAUUGGGAUCAUGGGUGGCAUUGGGACCAUUGCUAGUACGGGCAAUAUGCAAGAUAGGGCCCAGGCGGCGGGAUACCACGUUCUUCGCGAGGAAGACCUCCUGGAGGCCAUCACCAUCAGCAUACACCAUUCUCGUGCAGGCCCAACAUCCGGUCGAGACGACGCAAAUUUGCACCUCAGCCAAAUGGCCCUCGGUCUGUGGUCGAAGCAGCACCUAGCAGACCCUUCGACGCACGUCCUCUGGAAAAAGAACGCCCACACGGGCGCGGCACACAGUAUCCAUCCAGAGAACUUGGCUUCGAUCACACCAGAGCUUUCCUCCACGAAAUCAGAGUUGGCAACGAUAAUGGCGAUUGCGAAAAACACACCUGACCGCCUGCUACAUGAGGAAACAAUUGGACUGAUUGUCAAGCUGCUUGGGACUGCUAUUGCACAAUUGCUUGCACUUUCCAGCGCUGAAAUUGGGCCGGAGGCUGCGCUGGAUGACCUCGGACUCGACUCGUUAAACGCAAAUGAGCUAACAAGCUGGAUAUCACAACAUCUGUUGGUUGAUCUGCCGUUGCCUGAUCUCAUACAAUCGGCAACCAUACACGACCUUGCGGGCAAGAUUGCUGGACUGCUGGAGGAUAAGUUUGGAGAAGCCCGGAUAUAG